AUGGCGACGUUCCUCCAUGAGCUCUCUUCCUUUGCCAUGGCAGUAGACGAAGACAGAGCAGAACUGAAGGCCGCCUUGCAGCAUCCUCCGGCUUCCUCAGGGGCGGUGGCGUCAAGGAUCCCUUUCCUGGAGGACAUGAAAGAGAUCUGUAAGGUAUACAAAGGCAUGAGUGCAGAAAACCAGAAGCUCAUCGACUGUCUCGAGUGCCAACUUGAGUCCGACCCUGCCAACGGAUAUGUCCCAUUCAAUGCCAAGUGCCUCCACGACAUUGAUGCAAGCCUUGAUUGUAUGCAGGACAAAAGCAAGCUCUCGCUGGUGGAGACCUUGACCCCAUGCGUCAAGAAAGCGUCAAUUGACGUCAGCGUCGGAGUCAAGUUCGAGUCUCCCGCGCCAGUCCCCGCAUACCUGCAGGUUGAGGAUGAGCAGGUGGAGCCGAAGACGCCAGACCUCGAGGAUUUCGCCAUCUCCUCGCUUUCCUUGGGAAUUCUCAACGAAGCUGCAAGCAAACAUCCCGCUGCCCUGAAGGAGGCGACCCAGAGGAAGGAGAUUGAAUCGAGUGCCCCCAAGUCCCAACCUGGUUCAGAUGAAAACAGUUCUCCAAACUUCAAUUUCUCUCCUCUGCAUGGAAAGUAUGAAUUCCUUAAAGCAGCCAAGAAAUCCCCGGAAAAGAUCCCAUUCCAUCUUCCUGAAUGCGAGGCAGAAGCUCUGUCCAACCCACCUGCUCCUCCCGCAGAGCUGCCAGCUCAGCAAGAGGAGGCCUCCUCCUUACAGAUCACCUCAAGAUCCAAAGUACUCAAGGCGCCUGCCGAAGAGGCUCGAGGAGAAAGCAUGUUCCCUCUUAUGGCUGAGGUAUCGGGGGAGGACUUUGCUGCUGUUCCCGAUUAUCUUCGGCACCAAAUCAGCUGCGACGAACUGAACACUACCAUCAAGAAGAUAAACGAGUUCGUAACGGACAAGCGAUUCGAACAAGACAUGGCGGGAGGGUCAGACGCGCUCACGAUAGAAGAGAUGCAGCAAAAAAUCAAACUUGGAGUGAAGACCAAGGCGUUUGUCCUUCUUCUCAUGAGCCUCUCGCGCAUCAAGACGGUCAAGGCAAAGACCGGAAUCGCUUACACCAUCGUCUCUCAAUGA